AUGCCAGUGCGUCGCCAGCGAGAAGAUGUUUUCCCGAUCCCCCCUCAAACCCCAACUCCCCAACGACUUAACCUGACCCGCCGAGAAGUGUUCGGAAGCGAUGGCCGACAGAAACAAAAUGCGCAUCCUGGUGCCACGCUCGAAGGAGGACCCUCGUGCUGGGUUCAUGGUGAGUCACCGGCGCUCUCUCAGUCAAUGAAGGCCAAGAAGUUAAUUGUCAAUAACUAG